AUGCGAAAAUUUGAUCAGCAACAGAUUGAACAAAUUCUCAAAAAAAGGUUUUUUAUAACUCAAUCAGCCUAUAUAUAUGGAGGAGUGUCCGGGUUAUAUGACCUGGGGCCUCCAGGACUAUCGAUAAAGACAAACAUUUUGUCAUUGUGGAGAAAGCAUUUUGUGCUCGAGGAGGAUAUGCUUGAAAUAGAAACAACUACCAUGCUGCCCCAUGACGUUUUGAAGGCAAGUGGGCAUGUGGACAAGUUCUGCGAUAUCCUGGUUUUUGAUGAGGUAUCUGGUGAUUGCUUUAGGGCAGACCAUCUGGUUGGCGAUGCAUUGGAAAAAAUGAGUCCCACCGAAGAAAUUUCUAAGGAACUUCAAAAGGUCGACUGUAUGUCAUGCCAGGAAAUCGAUGAGAUCAUAUCAAAAUAUAACAUCAGAAGCACUUUGGGAAAUAAGCUGAGCAAGUCGCAGCAGUUCAAUCUUAUGUUUGGGACGCAAAUAGGAUAUAAGGGAGGUCAGACUAUGUUCCUGAGGCCUGAAACGGCACAGGGACAAUUUCUAAAUUUCAAGAAGCUUUGCGAGUACAAUAAUGACAAACUUCCAUUUGCAUCUGCAUCUAUAGGAAAGGCAUACAGAAAUGAGAUAAGCCCAAGAUCUGGUCUUCUGAGAGUCAGGGAGUUUGACCAGGCGGAAAUCGAGCAUUUUGUUCUCACCGAUGAGAAGGAUCAUCCGAAAUUUUCCACCGUCCAGGGAAUCAAAUUGAAGCUUAUGCACCACGACGCAAGUGAGGAAAUUACUUUGAAAGAAGCGAUCGAAAGAGGUAUCGUGUGCAACGAAACCAUGGGAUACUAUAUUGGCAGAACGGCAUUGUUUUUGAUUGAGCUGGGAAUCGACAGAGAGUUGCUGAGAUUCAGGCAGCAUAAAAAAGAUGAAAUGGCACAUUACGCGAAGGGUUGCUGGGAUGCAGAGAUAUAUACAUCGUAUGGAUGGAUUGAGUGUGUAGGAAUAGCAGACAGGGCAUGCUAUGAUCUUAGCUGUCAUGAAGAUGGAUCAAAGGUUGACCUGAGGUGUAAGAGGAGGCUUGCUGAGCCAAAGGAGAUCGAGGAGUGGGUUUUGAAACUGGACAAAAAAGAAUGGGGAGCGAAGCUUAGAGAUAGAUUUUCUGUGCUGAUGGAAACGGUCAAUGGACUUUCACAGAAGUAUAUCGAAAAGAACGUUGUAUCCAUUGGUGAAAACAGAAAUCGUCUAAGUGUAAAGUUUGAUGAAUAUACUAUCAAUAUCGAAUGCUCAAGAGUCAAGAAAAAAGUAUUUGUUGAGAAUGUAAUUCCUGAUGUAAUUGAGCCAUCUUUUGGAAUCGGCAGAAUACUCUAUGCCUUGAUUGAACAUUCGUUCUAUUUAAGAGAGGAUUCAAGGCCUGUGUUUAGGUUUAAGCCAGCGAUUGCUCCAGUCCAAUGUGCCAUUGGAUAUCUAAUCCAUUUUGAUGAGUUCAAUGAACACAUCCUGAAUAUAAAAAGGUUUUUGACGGACAAUGGAUUGGUAGUCCAUGUAAACGAGCGCUCCUGUAGCAUUGGAAGAAAGUAUUCAUCGUGUGAUGAACUUGGGAUUCCAUUCUUUAUAACAUUUGAUCCGGACUUUCUGAAGGACAGGAUGGUGACAAUCAGAGAGAGAGACUCAAUGCAACAAAUAAGGGUUGAUGUCGAGAAAUGCCCGUCUAUUGUACUGGAAUAUAUCAGAGGCCAGUCCAGGUGGAAUUAA